UUUUUCAUUGUAGCACAACUUUAAGAUGAUGAUAUGUUGAGAACGACUUGGAAGUUGGAACACCAAGAACUCCGAGCAAGACGAACAAGUCACAGGAGCCAACAACAGAUCCGUGCGCGUCUGGUUCAAGUGUAAGGAGCCAAGUUCUAAGUGACCGGAUUCGAAUCGUCCCGAUGGCCACGAAUGAGGAGGCCUAUUCACGUCGGAGACAGCUAGCCAAGUGAUCGCCGAAAUCGCUUGAGAUCGCAUCGUCGUGAUCCGGGUGUGGUGUCGAGGGUUGAGUCCUCCUUCUUUGUGUGAUCGGGGAUGAGUUGGAAGUAGGGUGAGUGAGGCCAUGCAGAUUGGGUUGUCUCGUCUCUCCCGGAGGUGGGUUCGUGUCGCCGGGCACUGAUUGUCACGCCCAUCCGCCUGGUAUUGUGCUCGCGUGCCCGUGAGGGGAGUGACCGUACCCCUCAGAAUUAUGUCGUCCCCGGGACCGACGACCCCGCCUAAUAAGAAUGGCGCUAGUCCGGGUCCGCCCAAUGGCGCACCCGUCCCGGGCGCCCUCCCGCCCAGUUACUCGCUCUAUCCUGGCGGAGGGUAUCCGCCGGCCCAAAAGGGACAAGGAUAUCCGGGCCCGUACCCGCCGGGACAGCCGGGCGGGCCCACGCCCACAUUGAACUCAUUGCUACAGAAUCGUCAGAGUGGGGACCCGCGGGUGCCCAGUCCCGGUCCUUAUAGUGGAUAUCCGCCUUCGUGGGGGACGGAAGGGGGCUACCCUGGCUACCCACCUGCUCCGAAUAUGGGUCCAAGGCCGCCUUACGGAGCAGCUCCUGGUUAUGGUUAUCCCCCUGGGCCUCACGGGUAUCCCGGGGGGCCUCAUCCUGGAUAUCCUCCAAGCACACAAGCAUCACAGCCGGCGAGUGUAGAUGAGUCUAACAAUGCUAACAACCCAAAUAUUAACCCUCCUCCUCAUCCAGGACAGCAUGAGGGCAGACCCUCUCAAACUUGGACUCCUCCUAUUCACGCAAAGAAGGGACAAUCAAAGGCUGAUAAUACUCAAUUGGCAUCCAAUCCCAAUGGCAAACCUCUUGAAGGUCGCGAGGAGCAAAGCCACCCCAUAGGUAACGGAACUGCCAGUGGUCCCGUCCAUUCCAAGGCGGGCCGACCUUCGCCCUCACCCACGGACUCCUCGUCCCCGAGGUCCAUGUCCCCGGCUGUGUCCAAUCCCUCAAAUAGUGCGACCACGGCGGCCACGGUUCAACCAUCGACUGGGGCAGGCGGAGGCGGGCCCCCGCCCUCGGCCGGAUCCAUGCCCCCCCGGCCGCCCAGUGGACCUAACUUGGCCAGCAACGGACCGGUGGCUCCCCCGCCCAACAGCCACGGAGCGCCCAUGAGUGCGCAGGGACCACCCAUGUCCGGGUAUCCCCCGCAGGGCCCACCGGCCAUGGGUCCCCCCGGGCAUAUGAUGUACCCUUCGAAAAUGGGCCCCGGUGGACCCCCACCCGGGGUGCCUCACAAUCAGCCCAUGCCGCCCUAUGGCCCGGGAGCUACUUACCAAGUACAACAUGGGCACCGCCCCGGCUACGGCCCGCCCAGUCCCUAUGCCGGCUACGGCGCCCGACCCAAUAUGCACCCCAGUCAGUACCCUGGCUAUGGCGGGCACUAUCCGCCGCCAGGCGGUUGGGCCGGGCCGGGACCCGGAGCCCCCGGCGGACCGGGGGCGCCACCCCAUCCCAUCGGCGGCCCUCCGAAAAUGGGACAACCGCCCAGGCAUCUGUCGUCGGGUCCAUCGCCGUACUCACAGCCACGACCCGGACACCCGCAACAGAUGAAGGGCUACCCGCCCAAUAGCUACAACGGGCCGCCCACCAGUGUCCCCUCGUAUAACGGGCCCGGUGGACCGCCCGUCAGCAACGCAUCGGGACCACCCAAUUCCAGCUACCCCGGGGGCUACCCCAACUCCACGCCGCCGCACAUGAACAACUACGGUGGCAGUGGCAUGAACUCAUCCGCCCCGCCCGUGUCAUCCUCAGCUCCACCCACUUCCAUCGCCACCAGUACCGGACCCGACGGUAUUCCAAUUCACGAUGAGACAUCGCAGCAAUCCACGCUUUCCCAAUCCUCAGACCGCUCUGAUGGCGGGCGUCAAACCCCCAAGCAACAGACGCCCAGUAGCCAACCCAACUACAUGGGCGGGCCGCCAGGUAGCUAUCCCCAAUCGGGGCCACCGGUCAGUCCCCACGGUGGCGCACCUUCCCCCGGCGGAGGCGGGCACGAAAACUCCUACGCCCGGGACAUGGGUAGUCCCGGCUGGCCCAAUCAGCCCCGCAUGCCACCCAGUCCGGCCUCAGGAAUGCCCCCGCAGUCGAUGGCCAACAGUUUAGGGGGCGUGUCUAGUAAUAGCCUACCCACUGCGCCCAUUCCAUCAGCCAUGGUCUCUGGGCCCAUGGGCGCACCUCCGCCCUUGGGACCUCCGGGUACCCCACCCUCAGGAAGCGGCGGUGGCGGUGGACCACCCUCGUCGUCCUCGUCGUCUGAAGCGACAACUUCAGCCCCUCCCACCCCAAGUUUCAAGUCGUCCAAGAACGCCAAAACCGACACGCUUCUGCGGUUAUACGAAAUGGACGAGCACCCCGAGAGGCGGAUGUUCCUCGACAAGCUCCUGCAUUUUAUGGAGGAGCGCGGCACGCCCAUUGCCCAGUGUCCUACUAUCUCGAAAAAUCCCCUUGAUCUCUUCCGUCUCUACGUUUACACCAAGGAAAGGGGUGGCUUUAUGGAGUGCACAAAGAACAAGACCUGGAAAGAUAUUGCCGCCCAAUUGGGGAUCGGAGCAUCGUCAAGUGGGGCGUACACGCUGAAGAAACACUAUGGAAAGAACCUACUCCCCUAUGAGUGUCAGUUUGACCGGGGUGGGAUCGAUCCCGCCCCAUUGUUGGCCCAAGUAGAGGCCCAAUCCAAAAAGAAACCGCCCAAAAAUGCCACACCAGCCGCUCAGCCUCCGCCGGCCCCAUCGCCGGGUUCUCAAGACUCGCGAGAUUCCUCCUCGAAUUUUAGUGGGGGCGGGGGGAGUCAGAGUGGGAUGCCCAAUGCCUCCGAGAGCUUCAACUCACAUCCUCCCCCGCCUCCUGGAGGAUCCAGUGGGCCCUACUCACCAUACAACUACCCGCCCAAUUCGAGUGCACCGCCAACGCCCUCGACGGAAAACAGGCUACCACCUUCGGGACCCCCUUCUCACUCAGGCGGUUAUCCUCCACACAAUGGUGGAUAUGGCAGUCACUAUCCCCCACCCCCUGGAGCAAGUGGACCUUAUCCAAAUAGUUAUCCACCCAACCAGGGUCCUCCGCGACAAGGAUGGCCUCCCGGGCCCGGGGGUAGUUACAUGGGCCCUCCCCCUCCUAAUGGUUCCGCCCCAUCUCCUGGACCCGGACCCGGACCGGGACCUGGGCCGGGACCCGGACCCGGACCUCAAAGCAACGACAUGUACAACAGACCCGGAUGGAACCAAGCCAGUGGGUAUGGAGGACCACGCCCAGGAUACACGCCUCCCCCGGGAAGUGGUCCGCAGGUCAGCCACGCCUCCGGUAAUGGCAAUGGCCCUCCCGCCCCCGGGUACCCACCUCACCAGGGUCCAUAUCCAGAGCAGUAUCAGAAGCCACUCCCUCCACACCCGGGCGUGCCUGGACCUCCCAUUCCGCCGGGAGCGCCUCCAUCGCCAUCCUCGAGUGCGCCGGUGGGAGGGCCUCCAGUUCCCCCGCCCAGCGGCAACGGGCCAGCUCCGCCUCCAGGAGUCAUGCCAAACAGUGGACCCCUAAUGCCACCUUCUCCCAAACCAGGCAUGCCACCUCCAUCGGCCACUCGGCCCCAAUCACCACAAUUUGUACCUACUCCUGCUAACUCUAGUAGUAGCGUCGUCUCCUGCUCCUCCUCCUCCUCCUCCUACCCUUCUGCUAUAUCUAGUAACUUAGAAUCUCAAAUCUCUGGACGACCAGUGAUCCUUAAGGCCAAUUCAUCGGUCAGACAUGGCUUCGCAUCCCACAACUUCAAUCAGAGCACAGGUGCCCUCACUGGUUCGAGUGGCGUUCCACCCGCUUAUCCAAAUGCCCCAUCCAAAGUCCCUCCAGGAGCCCAACCUCGACCCGGCGGUCCACCUGGAGGUUAUCCAUACCCUCAACGACCUCCUGCAUAUUCAGGGAACCAACCGUGGCCUAAUAGGUUUUCCGGUCCUGGUGGUGCACCCGGAACAUUCGGCGCUCAACAAAACAGCACUUGGACCCCUGGUUCGCCCAUGAACGGGCCACGACCUGGGGGCCCAUGGAGCGGAGCAGCACCGCCUUAUGGCAACUCCUGGGGACCGGGAGCCGGCCCCAUGAAUCGGCCUCGAGGGCCAUAUCGACCGGAUAUGGCCGGCAAAGGAUCUCAUAGACCCGGAUUUUCGGGUAUGAGGGGACGUGAUAUGGUAUUUCCCCAUGGUUGUGUGGAGGCUACCCCUCCUUUAAUGAUGAAACGUCGCAAACAUACGAAACUGGACGUGCAGCCUGUGGAUGGAUGGCGACUGGUCAUGAGUUUAAAGUCCGGCCUUCUCAUGGAGUCCACAUGGGCUUUGGAUGCUCUCAACGUUCUUCUGUACGAUGACAACGCUUUCACUCACUUCGGGCUCGGAAAUAUGCCCGGGUUGUUCGAGGUCAUCUUAGAGCAUUGGCGCUCAUCGCUGAUAUCCAUGUUUGGCAUAACCGAAGAUCUCGAGAUCUCGAAUCAAAAGGCAAAGCAAGGUAUUCGGACGCGGAAACGCGCCCGUCAAAUCGAGAGGACGUCCAAUCGCAAAUGGUACGACACCAAAGCUCCUCUGGAGUCUGAAGAGGAAGAGGACGAGGACUCGGACGCCUUAUUCAACCUCGGCGACAUGUGCUUGGGCCAAGUGAAGAAAAUCGAUGUCGAAGAUAAAUGCUCGAUAUUGACCUGCCCCGGGGUGGACUACACCAAGCGGCCCAGAUUCAGUGAGGAGGAAGUGGAAAUCGACGUGCAAGACAAUGCCCUCUUUGUGAGUGACGAUAUUCGCUCGUGGGAUCCCUUCAAGGAUGCCGUCGAGGUCUCAUCCAUUCAAUGGGCCAUGGGCGGUGGCAAUAGCACAGAACACGUGGUGUCUCCUUUUGUGGGUGAUAUGGGUGUGGUACCCUUCGUUCGAUUGCUCAAAGAGUUGAAUCCGGCCAAGUAUGCUGAAGCCAAGCGACAACAGGAGCUUCUGGAAAAAGAGCAAAAGGAAAAGGAGAGCAAGUCCAAAGUCAUGUUGAAUGGGCCUAUCAAGCUUGAAGAGGACACCGAGACGGUAACCGAUGGAGAAGCCACCAUCAAGUCAGAACCCGAUGCCAAUGAUCAUGAAGAGAAAGGAGACGAGUGCAUUCCAAAGGUCCAACCGCCACAAACAUCGUCAACUGAAGAAGCGUCAACAGCAAGAGCUUCUUCGGCAGGAGCGCUUGAUAGCGAGGACAUUGUUGACCGGAUCAAGCGUCUCACGGGCAUUGUGCUCCGAGACCCAGACAUGGCCAGACAACGCUUUAAGGAGGAAUCUCUCGAGGACGAAUGUUACAUGAGGGAUGAGCCCAGCUUGCAUCUUGUCACAGAUGCUCAAGACAGUAUUGGCCGAAGGGCCGUGUGUGUGUCCACGAUUCUGCGGAACCUCAGCUUCGUGCCCGGCAACGAGUUCGAGUUCAGCCGGAGUGCCGCAUUUCUUCGGAUAGCGGGUCGACUGCUCCUCUUGUAUCAUUGGUAUCCCGCUAGAACGCCUAAGCAACGAAACUACGAUCGGGGUGUGGAAGAGGAGGACACGGGUGAGUCCUGCUCCUCGCUCACGGGUGACUCCGAAUGGUGGUGGGAUUACCUCCAUGUGAUCAGGGAGAAUGUGAUGGUGAUCCUGGCCAAUAUCGCCGGCUCACUGGAAUUCCGGCAUUUCGACGAGGAUGUCGUCAAACCCAUCCUUCAUGGACUGCUCGAGUGGUCCGUGAGCUCGUCGUCCUAUGCCCAAGAUCCCUUCCCAUACGUGGGGCCCCACUCCCCCGUCUCACCUCAGAGACUCGCCAUCGAGACCUUAUGCAAGAUUUGCUUGUACGAUCAUAAUGUGGACCUGAUCCUGUCCACGCCCCCUUUCUCAAGACUCGUGAAACUGACCCGCAUGCUAGCGAAAAAACUCUAUCGCUAUGAAGACCAGGUCUUGCGGGAGUUCAGCAUCAACAUGCUCUACUACUUUUCGGCCGCCGAUUCCGGCGUGGCUCGAGUGAUCGCCCUGGCGGACAAUACUGUCGGACUCAUGCUGGGCUUCAUCGAGCAAGCCGAACAGAACGCCAUGGUGGUUGCCCAACAGCAUGGCGUCAAUGCCCUCCGUGAUAACCCCGAUUCCAUGGGCACCAGUUUGGACAUGUUGCGCAGGGCCGCCUCCACCUUAAACAAUCUCAGUCGGCACAAAGACAACGUGUCCUUGUUCGUCAAGCACGAGGAGCGCUUGCUUUCCUUGGUCAUGAGUCAGAUCUUGGAUCAGGGCGUGGCUGCCAUCCUCUCUCACGUCUUGUUCAACAUCGGCUCCGAGCAGGAUCGAUGCCCACCUGCCUCUGCAUUUGUCAUCAGCCAACCAUCACAGGGCGACUCGUCGAUGACGACCAAGGGAUCGUCGACGGAUGUAGAGACCAAAACUGAGGCCACCACAAAGAUCAAAGAAGAGGAGGAAUCUUCUAGCUCAGCCAACGGCUCGGAAAAUGGUGAUAAGGCCGCCAACACCACCAACACCACCACCACCACCGCUGCCAAUGCGAACGCCGACUCAUAGCUCACAAUUCAUUGCCGAUGAUGAGUAGACGAUGCCGGUUUCUUGGUGUGAUUGGGCCCACCCAACGGAUCCGAACUUCCUCGGCAACUGACCUCGUGGUAUUCUUCGUCCCCAUUGGGCGGUAGAGUGCCGCGUCCGUUUACUUAAGUUAUUUUUACACCCUACCCUCAAUCCUCGCAUAUACCCGAUGAGUGAAGGUCGUCGAAUAUCCGGAGACAGCUAACUCCACCAUUUCUCAGAUCAAUUUUCGCACGUGAAAUCGGAGCCAGCCUAUCCGCAAACAUGGGUGAACUGACUCCUGCCACUUUUGUGUUUGAAACAUUGAAUGAGGAAGAAGAAAAAGAAGCAGAGGAAGAAGGAAGAAGAAGCUCUUCGGGUGUUUCCUAGCUUGAGCCUUGGUGUCGUCGUCAUCAACUAUUAUUAUUACUACUACUUCUACAAAGAACUACUACUGCAUACAAAAGCCGCAACCUGUCCUCGUUUGGAUCAUCCAAGAUUAACAAGUAACUGUGCCCACGUUCCCUCAAAGUGUUUCCAAAUUUAGGCCCAGGGCCACCUCGGAAAGACGAUUUUGUGAACGGCUUUGCCUUCCUUGGUGGCUAUUUAUAAUGUGAUGAGGGAACACACGAUUAUAUUCUAAACUUCUGAACACUGAGCUUCUGGCUUGCCUAAGACGAGUGGACAGUGUAAAAGUGAACUUUUAACACAAGCGGCAGAUUUCAUUGGAGACAUGCGAAGAAAGACGUUAAUUCGUGCAAAGCUAUUAUUACAACUAUCACUAGUUUCGUGUUAAAUCAACUUCUCUGAGCAUGAAUAAAUAUGUCAAGGGAAAUAAUCACAAUACCAAAACGA